AACUGUUAUCAAUCAAUGCACACAGCUUCUUUCUCCAUCGGCUGAUCCCACAUAUGUUAUGACUUAUAUUAACCACAGUUUUCCUCAACACCGCCAGUAUCUUUGUGCUGGUGCGUGGAUACUAAUGCAUGGACAUCCGGAGAAUAUUAACUGCAUAAACCUUGGACGUGUCUUGAGGGAGUUUUCUCCUGAAGAGGUGACUGCAAAUAUUUAUACAAUGGUAGAUGUUUUGCUUCAUCAUAUUCACUUGGAACUACAGCGUGGACAUCCCUUGCAGGAUCUUAUGCUAAAAGCAUGUGGAAACCUUUCAAUUUUCAUCUGGACCCAUGAGCUUUUGCCUCCAGAUAUCUUGCUACUUGCACUUAUUGACCGCGAUGAUAAUCCACAUGCUUUGCGCAUUGUAGUACUCCUCGUGGGCUUUUUGUGAAAUGUAAAGCUGAAGAACAACAUGCUUGAUUUGAAGUGGAAAUUUCAGAACAUAUUUAGUUUAAUAUGUGUUUGAUCUCCUUCUUUUGUCAGACGUUUGUUGCUAUUUGUUAAGCAUGUUUAAGAACCAUAUUAGUUUAUAGCUUAAUCAUUUUAUUAAGGUUGGAAGUGGCCCUUUCAUACAAA